AUGUACGUGGCUGAAGUUGACCAGCGAUACUGGGAUGAGUAUGCUGAGCGGCUCACAUUUGCCAUUAACACUGCACAAGAUCGGAUCCGGGGGGAUACCCCGUUUUAUCUGAUCCAUGGGUGGGACCCGCGAUCGACUUUGGAGGCUACGCUACCAGUGGGAAAUACGGGGACACGAGAUCGCGAUCCAAAGAGGUGGAGAUACAAAAUCCAAAGACAAUACCAGCGAGCCCGAUCCGCAGUGAACGAUCGUUUACAAGCCGCGAUCCAGGAGCGAGCGGAUCGACACAACGAAGAUCUGGAACCACACGAGAUCGAAGUAGGAGCGAAAGUUUGGCUAUACCUGGACCGAGUUAAAGAGGGACAUGCGAAGAAGCUAGCGCACAUGUGGCAUGGGCCAUUCCGAGUUGCGGACGUAAAGACGUUCCCUGAACGCCCGAAGGAUCAGCUUACGAUAGAGGGAUCAGAUCGCUUGGAUUUCGAUGAAGCUCUGCUGCCAGAAGACAGUUGGGAUGGCGAUCUUGAAGAAGGGGAAUACGAAGUAGAGGCAAUAUUGGACGUGCAAUCUGGUAGAAAAACCCGUUAUGGGCGAGUACACCGGCAGUUUGUGGUGAAGUGGAAGGGAUAUCCCGAUCUAAGUUGGGUGGACGAGGCCGAUCUAAGUUGUGGGGCGAUCUUGCAAGAGUUUGAGCGGAACCGAGUGAGUCGAAACCGUUUCGAUGUAAUGCAGUCUCAUGAAGGCAAGUCGGACGAACCUUAA